AUGAUCUUCUUGCUCGUCGUUAGAUUGCCCGACGAUGAUCAUGCUGACUCUCUGCUUGGGAAGGUAAAAAGCUCAUUGACUGAUCGUACUGAGAUAUCUACUCAAAACUCUUGGGUUGGUAAUUUCACAGGGGAACUUAAUGUGGAGCAACUAAAAGAUAUUGAUUGUAAGGGGGUUAUUCUUAGCCAUUAUGAAUGGAGACAUGUUAUUGGUGAAGAUGACCAAUUUAUUAGGAAGAAAUCUGCUUAUGCCUUAAGCGAGAACCUCAAGGUAAUCGCAUGCAUCAGAGAGAAACUUGAAACAGAGGAUCAAUGCAUCAGAGAGAAACUUGAAACUUGA